GCUCUGAAUCUGGUGCUGAUAAUGGAGAGCGUGCAGCAGACGAUCACGAGGGUCUCGCAGGAGCUGAACUGUAGUCCCACGUCCCGCAGGCUGGCAGAACAUCUGGACCGACACGAUGAGCUGCAGAAGCUGCGCCAGGAGUUCCUCGUGCCCAAAAUAUCAGACCUGCCGCCGUCGGAUUUGUCACUUGUGGACGGUUCUGAAGAUUGUGUUUAUUUUGCUGGGAAUUCACUGGGUCUCCAGCCGAAAAACACCAAAAAAUACAUCGAAGAGGAGCUGGAGAAAUGGGCCACAAUUGGAGUCCAUGGCCACCUGAAGGGGUCGCGACCUUGGGCCUGGGCCGAAGAGACCCUGGAGGAGCUGAUGGCAAAGAUCGUUGGUGCUAAACCUGAGGAAGUGGCUCUGAUGAAUGGACUGACAAAUGUGCAGUACGCCAUUGAAUCUCAGAUCCGGCUGAGAGGACAGGACGUGACCGACAGCAUGCUGAUCAUUACACCCAGACAGGUAAUGACAUCACUUCCUCUCAGUGUGGGCAGUGUGGCAGGAAGUGCUCUUAUCUGUCUGUGUGUGUGUGUCAGUCUGAUGGGCUGGUGGGGACACAACCUGAAGACCAGAUUCCUCAUGAACAACGAAAUGGAGCUUCAGCCUGGUGUUAAUGGAUUCCGUCUGUCCAAUCAGCCUGUUUUACUGGUGUGUCCACUACAGGCCAGUCUAGAGGUCAGACAUCACACAGCACACCUCAUAAAAACAUACCGACAACCAUCAUACAACAUUGUACAACAUACAAUUUAUUUACAACCAUCGCACAACAUACCGAAAACCAUCUGUCAACAUACCGUCAAACAUUGUACAACAUACCAACAACCGUCGUACAACAUACGACAACCAUUAUAGAACAUACCAACAACCAUCGUACAGCAUGACAACCAUUAUACAACAUGCAGUCAUCAUACAACAUUGUACAACAUACUGACAACAAUUUAUUUACAACCAUCAUACAAC